GGCAGGGUCCGGCCCAGAGCGCGGCCCUGUCGCUGCCGCGGUCGGAGGCGCAGCUGUGCCCCGGCCCGACGCGGGGCCGCCGUCUCGCCCGUCACAGGCGGCCCGGCGCGGCGGCCAGCGCGGGGCUCAUGGCCCAGUUCUAGGUCCAAUGAUUAGUUCUGUGACAAGACAGCAUGACACUUUGAGUAUGACAGAAGCCCUGAUGCUGCAGCAGAGGCUGGGAAUAUUAAUGGCCAAAUCUAGAGAUCAGAUGGUCUUCUGAAGAAGUCAUGGGUAGCUGUUGUAGCUGUCCAGAUAAAGAAACUGUCCCAGAUAACCACCGAAACAAGUUUAAGGUUAUUAAUGUGGAUGAUGAUGGUAAUGAACUGGGUUCUGGCAUAAUGGAACUUACAGAUACAGAACUAGUUUUGUACACCCGUAAAAGGGACUCUGUAAAAUGGCACUACCUCUGUCUCCGUCGCUAUGGCUAUGACUCAAAUCUUUUCUCUUUUGAAAGUGGUCGAAGGUGUCAGACUGGACAAGGAAUCUUUGCCUUUAAGUGUGCCCGGGCAGAAGAGCUAUUUAACAUGUUACAAGAGAUAAUGCAGAAUAAUAGCAUAAAUGUGGUAGAAGAACCAGUAGUAGAAAGGAAUAAUCAUCAAACUGAGUUGGAAGUACCAAGAACCCCUCGAACACCUACCACUCCUGGAUUCAAUGCACAAAGUUUACCCAAUGGCUAUCCCAGAUACCCAUCUUUUGGAGAUGCUUCAUCACACCCUUCCAGCAGACACCCUUCUGUCGGCAGCGCACGCCUCCCCUCUGUCGGUGAAGAAUCAACACAUCCUUUACUUGUAGCAGAGGAGCAAGUGCACACUUACGUAAACACUACUGGAGUCCAAGAGGAAAGAAAAAAUCGAUCAAGUGUGCAUGUGCCACUGGAAUCAAAGCUUUCAAACACUGAAACAACUAAAGCAAAAGAAGAUCAGAUGUGUACUGAUGACAGAGAUGCUCAGGUUCUCCUGGAGCCUGAAGGAGUGAAGUUUGUUUUAGGACCAACACCUGUUCAAAGGCAGUUAAUGGAAAGAGAGAAACUGGAACAACUUGGGAGAGAUCAAGUUAGUGGCAGCAGCACAAACAACACUGAAUGGGACACUGGGUACGACAGUGAUGAACGUAGAGAGACACCAUCUGGUAAUAAAUUGGUGUAUGAAAAUAUAAAUAGGUUAUCAAUCCCUAGUGCCUCAGGGGUCAGGAGAGGUCGCUUGACAUCAACCAGUACCUCAGACACCCAGAACAUUAACAACUCUGCUCAGAGGAGAACUGCGCUGCUGAACUACGAGAACUUGCCAUCCUUGCCUCCUGUUUGGGAAGCCCGGAAGCUGAGCAGAGAUGAAGACGACAGUUUAGGACCAAAGACCCCGUCUCUGAAUGGCUACCACAAUAACCUAGAUCUAAUGCAUAACUAUGUCAAUACAGAGAAUGUAACAGUACCAGCAAGUGCUCAUAAAGUAGAAUUUACACGACGUCGGGACUGUACCCCAACAGUCUUUAACUUUGACAUUAGGCGUCCAAGUUUAGAACACAGGCAGCUCAACUAUAUACAGGUUGACUUGGAAGGUGGUAGUGACUCUGACAACCCUCAGACUCCAAAAACCCCCACCACUCCACUUCCGCAAACUCCAACCAGGCGCACAGAGCUGUAUGCUGUGAUAGACAUUGAAAGAACUGCUGCUAUGUCAAGCUUGCAAAAAGCACUGCCCCGAGAUGACGGUACUUCUAGGAAAACUAGACAUAACAGUACUGACCUGCCUAUGUGAGCCUGGGGAGCAUUGAAUCAUUUGCACCUUUUGUGAAGUUUAUAAAAUUGAAGAUGCGAGUACUUUGCAUUUCUUAACACUAACGCCUUUUAUAGACUAAUGGAACUUUUUCUGCAUACUUCAUGUACUUGUCUUACUAAAGGGAAUUAAUGUAGAGCAAGUAUUCAUUUUAGCUUAACACUAUUUCAUUCUACAGUAGAAGUAAUUACUGCAUAGCAGCAUCACCACCUUUCACAGUGCCUCUUUAAUUGAUUAGAGUCUGAGUGACAUGCCAGUUUUGAAUUUAUAAAUAUUCUGGUCUGGUGCCUAUAUUCAUUAAUGGCAUUUAUAACACUUUUUAAAGCCUCUUGAUAUGUGCAUUAUUAGCAGGUAAACCUAAUCUUUCAAUAUACAUAUCUGACGUUCAUUCCUCAUUGAAGUGGUUCCUCCAGAAUGAAUUGUGUGUUAUAUGUUAAUUCACACAUUUGAUAUACACAGGAUAUAUUGGUUCAUCUCAAGGAAUAUAAACACCACAUCUUUUUUGUCUGUGGGCAAGAAGGCCUCUAAUUCCCGACAGUUUUCUUAACUUGUGUGAUAUUUGAGAGUUUCCAUUGAUGGUUGUUGAUCAGAGCUAUAAACACAUCAAAAAGCAACCUUAAGUUCCUUCCGUUGGAAUAGAAUUCCCAGUGACAUAUCAAAUUCCCUCUGAAAUCUGACAAAAAUUUUAUCUCAUUAGAGUUUUGGGGUUUUUUGUGAAGGAAUUCACAGGUGGCCUGUGAGAAUUAAGGCUCUCUUGUCAUUUCUUAGUUCAGUGUGCCUUCUUUUCUUUGCAUUUGUGUGUUUCCUUUUUAUUUGUUCCGUAAUGUCUUGUUUUAAAAGUCAUAAUUUUGUACAUAGCUUUAAUUGUCCAGGAUCAUCUAUGUAUUUGUCUUACUCUCUGCAUUUGACAAAGCAAGACUCUUGAAGGUCAAAUGGUUGUCUUUGUCCAGUGUUCUACUUUUUUAUGCCUGACAGAAAUAUCCCAGCUCUCCAGCCACAUGCAUUAUUGCACAACUGGAAAGGUUUAUUAUGCAGUUAUUGUCUUCCUCUAAAGCAUCAAACACAGGUUACAUGGGAGGCAGGGUACUGGACUUGAUAGUUCUUUAUAGGAAGUUGUACAUUCUAGCAGUGUGCAUCCAUAGGUGAUAGUGUACUUUAAUUUAAAAAGAUAGUAGUAAAUUAUCUGGAGGUAGUAUUAUCUAUGAGCAUACUUGUUUUCCUUUUGCAGUUGGUGAAUUUGGUUACAAUGAUGGCUGCUCAGUGUUACAGGUAGAAUGUUAUUUGUUGAAUAUGCCAGAGGCACCUAGAUUUUUUUUUUCUGUUUUGUUUAUCAAUACUCUGAAUAAUCUUAGAAUUCUGGCAGUAUUGCAGGUGCACCUUGGUACUAGCAGCAGAAGAGAUUGCUCUUGAGCCUGUGAUUGCAAAGGAACCGACACUUGUGUGAGCUGGUAUGAUGUAAAAUAACCCUUGAACUGUGAGGAAAAACAUGCAAGAAAAGCCAUUUGGAGAUCUGAAAAAGCAUUAGGUCUCCAUGCAAUAUUUGAAUUGAAGUUUCAUAAAAACCAAACUACAAUUAUUUUCUGUCUUUUAAAUUGGUGUGUAUUUCUGUUCCUACAACUUUUUUCUUUGGUCUUCUCUCAUUUAGUAGUGAUGCAGUAGUAGCAGCACCUGAAAUAUGUCUCAUGCCAUACCAAUAGGUGGCAUCAGGCCAUCUUUUUCACUCUGGCUUUCAUUAUUCUUUACAGACUGUAUGGUACUGAAAUGCCAGAUGGACAAAGAACAUAAUUUACUGAAGUAAAAGACAGGAGUCAUUAAGACCAUUGUGAGGAACUUAAAAGAGAUUUUUUUUUUAAAUAAAAAACUUAAUUAAUUACUUCAUGGUCAGCUUCUGCAUACUCUUGUGAUACACUUGCUGACUUGUGAGGAGACCUUGGUACUCAAGAAGGUAAAGACUGACUACCUAGAGCUAGGCAUUUUAAAGGUUGUAGCCAGAUGGGGCAUUGGUCUCUUCUCCCAGUCAGCCAGCAGCAGGACAAGAGGACAUGGGCUUAAGCUAAGAUGUUAGCAAGAAAUUCUUCACAGAAAGGCUGAUUAGGCAUUGGAAUGUGCUGCCCAGGGAGGUGGUGGAGUCAUUGUCCCUAGAGGUGUUCAAGGAAAGACUGGACAUGGCAGUUGGUGCCAUGGUCUUGUUGACAAGGUGGUGUUUGGUCGUAGGUUGGCUUCAGUGAUCUCAGAGGUCCUUUCCAAGCCUACUGAUUCUGUGGUUCUGUAACUGCUCCCUCACAUCUUUGCCAUUGCCUCACCUUAUGGACCUCCUGGUCUUUACUGAAGAGAAAUUACCAUGUAUUGCAACUUAGUUACUGGGUUAAUAAUAUUGGUGUGAUUCUUGUUCUUAGCAUAUAGCUCACUUAAACUUGUGAGCUGCAUGUGUUUUGAGGCAAACCUGUUUGAUCUAGCUAGCUGCUUAGCAAUAUAUGGUCCUCACCUGUAUAGUUUGGACUAAUUAACUGAACCAUUAAAACACACCUGUGAGGCAGGGAAGUAAUAAUAUUCUUAACUACUAAAUAGGGAAGCAGGGGCUUUGGGUAGAUCAUAAGUGACCUGCUGAAAUUUCAACAACCAGCCAUAUCCCUCCUUAAUUCCAGUGCACUGUCCUAUGCAUUUAUUCUGAAUCGUCUCAGAUAAAAAGAAUGGUCUGAGCAAAUUUUUUUCAUUGUUGCAAGUUUCACAAUAUUUUCUUAGCUCUGGUCCCCAGAAUUGAGAACAUAAUGAAAUUUCACCUGUCUGUAGCCUUAAUUGUAUUAAGAAGUCUGAUGACAUAUUUUCCAGGACUACUUUUUAACCUGUUAUGUUUCACAGGUGGGAUAACACUUUCUUGUUUUGUGUACGCUGCAAACAUGCUGGGUAGUCCCUGUCACCCACACUACUCAUCUUUAGCAUUCCUUAUUUUCUGCCCCUUGAAGUAGAUGCAGUUGCAAUGCACUUUACCCUUUGAGACUUGGUAAAUAUUUUUUCAAUUCAGUCUCUUUUAAAGGCUGUGAUGUUAGAUUUAGUGUCUGUAAUCUAGGAUUCAGUUUUCAGCUGAAAUCUCUCCAUGGUAUUUAGAUCAUAUUUAUUUUGGGCCCACAGGUGUAUAGACUGAGAAACUAGAAAUAUGUAACCAUUUUCUUUAGUAAAUGUGGCGUGUUAAGUUUACAUAAACUAGAUCCUGUAAAAAUGGUAGCAUCUCCAUCCAAUUCUGCUUUUCAUACAUAAUGUGCAGUUGGUUGCUGCCCUUCAAACACAUUUGACAAGGAGAAACCUUUAACUGUAGGCAUUCCUUUAGUGCAAAGAUUUGGGAAAGACAUACAUUACUGUAUAUUUUAAACAAGGAAACUGAGUUGUUAAAGAACACAGAAAAGUGACCAAAAGUACAUAAUAUUGUGCUAGAAAUACAGGGAAUGAGAAUUUAUUCCAUUGUUAUAUCAGGAAAAUUAUCUUUUCCUCAAAAUCGUGUCAGAAGGAGGACCAAUUGUUUUAAUUAUUGUGGUGUUUUUUGCUAACUUCCUAAAACAAUAUUGAAAAAGAGCAUUCUGAAAACCAUGACACUUGUUAGAACAUCUUAUGUUUCCCCCAAUAAAUAUGUUCUGCAUUUAACAGGGAUUGAAUCUGAUGAUGUGCAUUGAAGCACUAUUCCUAUUAAAGUCUUCAGAGCUUUUCUAGAAAAUGUAAGUGUUGAAGUAGAAAUUUUAUAUAAUAAAUUGAUAAAAUGUCCUUCUCCCCACCGCCCCCCACUCGAAUUUUGGAUAUUUGUGUGUGUUUGCACCUCUGACUAGGGCUUGGGUGUAAAAAGGAUCAUGGAAAUGCAUGGAAAUCAUGUAAAGUGUACAAAGUCCAAACCAAUGUCAAAACAGGGCUGCUUUUUAUACGUGACAGAUCAGCAGUGGAUUUUGCUGGUUUUAUAACACUGUGCAUUGGCUCAAAAUCUGUUCUUGUUUUUGUUUUAUAUUUACCUGCUUCUCAAUGAGAGACAUUCAAGAGAGAGCAGAUUGUUUUUACUCACUGUCGGUGAAGAGUGGAAAUUCUGAUUCAUGUCAGUAGUUUGAGCGUACAAUGAUGUAUCUGAUUUGGACGUCUAUUUUUAAGCAGUAUUUCUCGCUUCAUGUAAGGUGAGAUCAAUGGUGAAAUUCCAUUUCUGCACUGUACUAAUUUAUUUAAUGGCUGCAAAUAAGAUGAAACUAAUGGAGUAGGAACUAGUAGUGGUCUUAAAUCUGAAAUUCUCCUGUGUCCCUAAAGGAGUCUGGUCCUUCAUUGUGAUAGAUAGAGUUAGGUGUUGUUGGAAUUUAAUGAUAUGAUCUUUCCCAUCUCUUCCUUGAGGUAGCAAUUCAGGCAUUUAUAUUUGACAGUAUUUACUUAAUAUAAACCUAAGUUCAUUUAUUAUAUCUUUAUUUUUAAUUCAUAUACACUCCAAGAAAAAAGAAAUCCAGAAGAAAUUCCACCACAAAAAACUGCGUUAAGAUGGAGUCAGGUUUGCUGAUGUCCUUCUUACAGAAGAUUAUGAAAAAGGAAGUCAUGUUGAGGUUCUUUCACAAUCUUUAGGAAUUACUUCCUCUUUUGGACAAGAUGAGUGAAUCAGAAGGAAAAAAAAGAGCAACUUAGCAUCUGCAACUCUGACCAUGUAUACAUUAUUUCUUGUGCUGUGCUGUAAGGUAUGUGAGUAAGUCUGUCAGAUGUCUUAGGAGGAUAUUUUCCUAACACGAUGUUUACUCCAGAUUAACGCAGUAUUUUGUUUGGAAGUAUGUAGGUGUACAGGUAGAAAUAGAAUAUGAGAAAUAAGGUUGAUGAAACAAGUGUGGACAUUUCUAUAUUUUUAUACAUUAUGAAGGGCAUUUUUUAAAUUUUUCUUGCAGUUUUAGUAAUUAUUUAGUGUGGUAAUAUACAUAUAUUGUGACAAUGUUUUCCGCUAUAUCCAUUACUUUGGUGUAAUUCUAUUUUAUGUAGCAAAUAUUUGUAUAUAGAAAGGAGAUUAUGUAAAAAACUAUCAUUAAAAAAUAGGCUCAAGCCCUUCAGAACAGGGACCGUCUUCCUCUGUGUCUACAAAGUACUAAAUGCCUUGGGGUCCCAGCCAGAGCUCCUGUCUGAGACCUGUAGUGACCGAAUUGCCAAGUGAGGAGUGUGGGGGAAGCAGCUCCCUGCUUUCCGUGAGAAGCCUUAGUAUGAAAGGUGCUGUGAAGCUCGCCCUGCCAGUCCCUGCUGCUGGGGCUGUGCAGUGUAUGGCUGUCCCCAGCACCACCUGCCAAGCGACCCCGAGAGCCCAGAGUAUCCUUUGCUCCGGUCCUUCCGCUUGGCAGUUGGAAAGGAAGUCUGACAAGGAGCUUUGAUGUCAGCAGGAAAUCUUCCUUGUUAGUGGGGUGACCCUUCCAGAGCUUGUUUGGUCUGCAUGCAGUGUCCUUUGAAGAGGAAGAAACGAUUCCUGUUGACUUCAAGGGCCACUGGAUGUGCUCGUGCAAGAUCAAGUACUGCUGGUGUAACAGCUCUGUUACACCUGAGGACCUGCUUGGUCAAGUUCUUCAGGAAUGGUCUAAGAGGAUGUAAAAAUAUAAAUAUAUUUAAUUACAUGUACUGAAAACCAAAUCCUAUUUGUUGUGGUCAGAGUUCAGAUAAUUAUGGGAAUUUUGAUUUCUUAGUCAUAGUUGCAUAAAUAUUGCUUUAACUGUUGUGUAUGAAAGAGGAAGUGAUUCUAAAAUGUGUGAAAGAUCAGGAUUACACCUGUUUCUUAAUGGUAAUGUUAUUUAGGAAUGGAUGUCAGCAAAUUGAACUCCAUAAUAAUGCAGGUUUUUUUGCAUUGGAAUAUGUGUGUAUAUCAUACACCCACAUUUUAUAUAUAAUAUAUUAUAUAUUUGGUACUAACUUUGUAUUUUGAAAUUUUGCCAAAUCGCAAACACGGAUGUUCUCACUUGUAAGACUUCGGUACUUAAUAACUGAAUGUAUAAGAAAUGCUCUGGUAUGAGAGGAAAGAGUGUUGUAUGGUGUCCCGCAGUCCAGAUGGCUCGACCAGCAGGCACACUGCCUUUCUCACGUCUCGCCUCGUUGCAGCAUCACCUUUGGUCUCCUGGAAAGCAGUCUGUGUCCCGGCCAAACCGCAGGCCAGCCGCACCGCACUAGCGUCAAAGCUGACUGGUAGGAGUGAUACAGUAGUCACCAGUGUGCCACAAAUGCAUUUAUUAAAUGCAGAAAUAGACAUUUCUACAAAGGCCAAAAUCUUUUGUUGUGUGUUCCUUUCUUGUCAUUACAUUGUAUCAUAUUGUAAGAUUAUUGUAUGUCCUAAUUUGCAUUAUAAAAUGUUUUUUCCUACUUAAAGGCAUAAAUAUAGCAACUUUGUAUAAAGGUAGCUUUCUAGAUUUUUAUUUCUUUUAUAUAAAAAAAUCUAAACAGUGGGAGUACCGUUGCCAAAUUGUUUAUAAAAUUUCAAGUAAUUUUCCCUGUUCAGUGAAUUUGUUUUUACAAACAUUCCGUAUUUCUUAUACUAUGCAGAAAGAGUGUAUUUUUAUGCCAUUCCACAUUAAUCUUAAAAAAAAAAAAUCACUUCUUUUAAGCUGUUGUUAUAGAGAAAGCUUACCAAAUGUGCAUUUUUAAAAAAAUGUGUUAUGUACAUUUUUCCCCUUACCAGUGCCAACUUCAUUUGGAAAAAAAAAAAAUUGUAGCAUGGCAAUAAACUAUUGAUUUUACAUUAAAA